UCACUUUGCUCUCUCCUCCCAAAAAGUAUACUUUGUACAAUAAAUUCUAUUGCUAUUAAAACUGCUUUCAACCAUGUACUACAUGGAUAAUUUGCCCACUUACAAGCUGGUCGUUGUGGGCGAUUGUAAAACGGGCAAGACCUCAUUGAUAAAUCGACUCCUCACAGGCCGUUUCAAUGCGAAUUCCUACUAUUGGCCGACAAUAAUGCACACUGAACAGGAUCUCGUGUUCCAGACCAAACGUGGACCCGUUCGCUUCAAUGUUUUUGACACCACCGGUGAGCACAAGCAUCCCGUACUGGGCCGCAUGUACCAUAGAGGCAGUGACUGUGCCAUCAUUAUGUGCGAUCUGACCGACGAGGAGACCUGUGACAAUGUGGUCCUGUGGAACACCCAACUGUGGAACGAUUGCGGCCGCAUUCCCACUGUCAUUUGUGGCAACAAGGCGGGCGACCCCAACCGCACCGUUUUCAAAUUUGAUCCAACAAUCCGCAAGUCGAAUAUGCAGUACUUUGACAUCUCGGUUAGCAGCAACUACUGCUGCUCGGAGCCCUUCAUUCAUCUUUACUAUCAGCUGAUGGGCGAGCGUUUCCAUUUUGUUACUUUGUUGCCGCCAAACGGGCUUGCAGCCAUUCAGGAGGCGGACGAGCCCCAACAGAAAGACGAUCGCGAUUGCGAUUGCGAUAACGAGACGCAUAAGAAAGAAAAAGAUGAUCUUGACAAGAAGAAUGCUAUCAUAGAGAAAGUUAAGAAGUUUCUUAAGGAGAAGAACUGCGCCCUCGGGAUGGACAAAGCCCACUGCGAGGAGGACAACGAGACACUGAAGAAAGACAGCGACGAUCUUGAGGAGCAGAUCGUAAACAAUGAAUAAGUUUCAAUUUGAUUGUUUUCCCAAAAUUGUUUUAGUUUCUGUGCAAAAAGAAAAAGUUUAUUGACUA